AGGAUGCUCUCAAGACAUGUCCGGUAUUUGACGCGUCAUCACCUGGCGUGCCGAAGAGCUUCACAUCAGCUGAGCCGGAGGGAUUACAGUAUUGCUUCUAUACCCCCACUCUCAACCUCGACGCGUCCCAUCGCGAAACCACGUGCAACACCAUUCGUUGGACAAGCAUGCUUCCCGGUGUCGCAAUGCCGUGGCGCAAAGAGGAAGUCUGCCGCAACAUUUGAUGACCUCCAUCAAGGACCUUUGGAGGCCGAGGCACUGCCACCCCAAGAUGACGCCGAACCGGAAUACCCUCCGCUGUUGCAGCAAGUGCGCAACAACAUGCUCAAAUUCAGUCACUGCGUGCUAGUCACACGCGUCGGUGGCUUCUAUGAGCUGUACUUCGAGCAUGCUGACGAAUUUGCGCCCUUGCUGAACAUCAAAAAGUCCAAGAGAAAGGCUUCGAAAGGUAGCAAGAAGCCAGCCGUCUCUAUGGCAGGCUUCCCCGCGUACCAACUGGACCGGUACUUGAAGAUUCUCGUCCAAGACCUCAACAAACAUGUCGCUAUUAGCGACGAGUAUCUUAAUGAUGCCCCGACAAAGGCGAAGGGAGAGCCACAGUAUACAAGGAGAGUGUCGCGCAUCGUUACACCAGGUACACUGAUUGAUGAACAUUUCAUGGAUCCAUGGGAGAACAACUAUCUCCUCAGUGUUUACGUCAACCCCGAAGUGCUCACGCAAGAAAAAGCUGUAAAGGAGAGUCCUGGUAGUUCGAGUGUCUCUUCUGUUCUCAACUUACCACGUACCGAGGUCGGCCUGGCUUGGAUUGAUCUGUCAAGUGGCGACUUUCUCACUCAAAGCACAGAUAUCGCGUCCUUGCCGUCAGCGGUAGCUCGUAUUAAACCACGAGAGAUAGUACUAGACAGCAUCUUCCAAGAGCGGGACCACUCGCGAAUCGUUUCCAUUAUGCAAGAAGACGGACAUGUCAUCACAUUCCAGGAACCUUCAGAAAAGCCGCUUACCAUCGAAGACUGGAUACCGAUGUUGGAAGACGUGGUGGAAGACUUUGACACAGCCAACUUCACCCCUGGUGAGGUCGCUGCGGGGGGCUCAUUAUUGCAUUACGUCAAGCACCAACUGCUCGGUUCGCGCACACGACUACGCGCGCCAGUACGACAUCAAGCCGAAGAGUACAUGAGUAUCGACAAGAACAGUCUGAGAGCGCUAGAAAUCCGAAACACGAUCCGCGAGGGCACUUACGAAGGAAGCUUGCUACAUGCACUCAAGAAGACGGUCACCAAAAGCGGUACCAGACUGCUUACGGAGCGCUUAUCGGCACCAUCCAUGUCGUUGUCAACUAUCAACAAUCGACUUGAUCUCGUAGAGGAGACCAUACAGUACCCGCAACUCCGCCAGGACAUCAUCUCGCUCUUGGAGCAAACUUUCGACUCUUUAAGAUUGGUGACAAAGUUCACAUAUGGCCGGGGUGACGCGGACGAUCUUAUGGAGCUAUCGAAAACCAUCCUUAUCACCUCCAGUAUAGUAGACGUCCUUCAGGAGCACGCGAAUUCGAGGAACUCCACUCCAAUCGAUACAACAUCAGCCACAGCGGAUACUCGAAGAAGACAGUGCGUUUCUAUGUUAGAGCGUCGAUUUGAUCUAGUGCAACCGCUUGAACUUGCUAACCGCAUUCAGCAUGCGAUCGAUGAAGACGGCCUCUCUGAGCAUCACCGUAUGGAAAAUGAAGAAGCCGAAGAGAUGUCAGACUUGGCUCAGGAUGUGAUCGGGCGAGAGGCUGGAGAAGAGGAUCUGAGGAGCUUGCCGAAGCGCGUUCAGCCGAAACUAACCAUGAUCACUGGGAGCUUCAAGAGUGCGACCGAUGGGCGGGAAGAUGUUCAUAUCAUGAAGCGCAAUGCUAGUGCGACACUUGAACGCCUCCAUAAGAGUUUGGACAAGAUGACGGAAGCAAAGGCCAAUAUGGAACGAGAGAUGCGUCAAAAGAUGAGUACAGAAAGCCUGGUGUUGAAGUGGACGCCGAACCUCGCGCACAUUGCUCAUGUCAAGGGCAAAGACGCAGCUCGCGCUACCGCCUUUUAUCCAAGAAGCUUGAGUAGUAGCAAGUCCACUCGCUCAUUCCAAAUUCCGGAAUGGACUCAACUGGGCGCGCAGAUGGACGAGACACGGUUCCGAAUUCGAUCGGAAGAACAACGUGUUCUCGGGGAGCUGCGCGAAGGUGUCGUUCAGAACCUUGUGAAACUCAGGCGUAACGCCGCCGUGCUCGAUGAAAUUGAUGUUGCAUGCGCGUUCGCUACCCUCGCGAUGGAGAAAGCUCUCAUACGACCCAUACUGAGUGCGGAACCAUCGCAUAACAUCGUUGGUGGUCGACAUCCCGUUGUCGAAGCCGGUCUCAGCGAACAGGGCCGCAGAUUCGCACCCAACGACUGUCAGCUCGGCGAGAAAGAGCGCAUUUGGCUCAUCACCGGUCCAAACAUGGCCGGUAAGAGUACCUACCUGCGCCAGAACGCGCUCAUAUCCAUCUUAGCGCAGACUGGGUCUUUCGUUCCAGCAGAGUAUGCGGAGAUAGGACUUGUCGACAAAAUCUUCAGUCGCGUCGGAUCAGCAGACAAUCUGUACCAAGAUCAAUCCACAUUCAUGGUCGAGAUGCUGGAAACGGCCCAGAUCCUCAAAGAAGCCACGUCACGCUCUUUCGUCAUCAUGGACGAAGUCGGACGCGGAACAACACCCGAGGACGGUAUCGCCGUAGGGUACGCCUGCCUUCACCACCUCUACCACGUCAACCAAUGUCGAACGCUUUUCGCAACGCACUUCCACGCGCUCACCGAUAUGACGAAGAACUUCGAGAAGUUGGGUUGCUACUGCAACGAUGUCCUUGAAGAGCCUGAUGGUAAGUUUUCAUACGUGCACCGGUUGAGGAAGGGUGUCAAUCGCGAGAGCCAUGCGCUGAAGGUCGCAAGAGUUGCUGGUCUUCCUGAGGAUGCCGUCGCGAUCGCAGCGAGGGUACUAAAAGAACUCAAGGGGCGGACGAGCGAUGCUGGGGUGGCUUCGGCGGCUGCCUAGCAACGAUAUUAGCUCAGGAUCACGACAAUCAAGGGAAAAGCCAAACAUCAUGGAGCCUAAAUUACCAAAAGGCUUCCAUAGUUCACUUGCUUUAUCCUAGUGUAGGCUGCAGACGCGUUCAGCUUUUUUUUUGUAUGAGCUGGGAUGUAGAUGAACCAUGACCGGGCGCUCGGGUCUCGUAUUGCACGAUACCAAUCAUCGCCAUUAGUGCUCAUUGAUCUAACUCAUUGAUAUAACGUCACUAAGCCACCAAACAUUUGACGACCUCCCUGAAAGCCGUGUUUGUUCCAUUCAGGUACGCAUACCAGGUAUUUUAGCGUGUGAUUCUGACACAUGUAUCUAUAUUGUGUCGCGAAGGACGAAUGUGACACCGUCGAUAGGAAUAGCAUCAGCUGGCAAGGACUUAUCAG